GGCUCCUAGACGCUCUCACAAUACCCACACGGCCACAACUCUGUCUUAGCCCUGCCAGCUUCCAGAUGCAUGCCAAGUACAGCAGCACAAGGGACAUGCUAGAUGAUGAUGGGGGCACCACCCUAAGCCUACAUUCUCACGCGUCUACGGUAACCCGACGCCUGGAAGGACCUCAGCAAGCAGAUCACAAGGCUCCUUCUUCCACCUGGCGACCCAUGGCCCUGACUCUGCUGGCUUUGUGUUUGGUGCUCUUGACUGGCCUGGCAGCCCUUGGGAUUGUGUUUUUUCAGUUCUAUCAGCUGUCCAUUACUCAGCAAGACAGCAUCUCUCAGAAGGAAGAAAGAUUGGGGAAUCUUUCCCAACAGUUGCAAUCUCUUCAAACUAAGAACCGGAAGCUUGCAGAAACGGUGCAGCGUGUGGCUGAAAAACUCUGCCGUGAGCUUUAUAACAAAACUGGAGGACACAGAUGCAGCCCUUGUCCAGAAAAAUGGAAGUGGCAUGGGAACAAAUGCUAUCAAUUUCACAAGGAAAGCAAGAGUUGGCAGGGAUGUGAAUAUUUCUGCAUUGCUGAGAACUCUACCAUGUUGAAGAUAAACACACAAGAAGUGCUGGAGUUUGUCAUGCCUCAGAGCUACUCAGAGUUUUUCUACUCUUAUUGGACAGGGCUGUCCCGCAACGGCAGUAGCACGGCCUGGUUGUGGAUGGACGGAGACCAUUACUCCUCUGAAUUGUUUGACAUUGCAAUAGAUGUUGCCAUCUUCAGGAGCAGGGACUGUGUGACCAUCCUCAACGGGAAGGCUUUCUCAAAGGACUGCAGAGAGUUGAGGUGGUGUGCGUGCCAGAGGACGGCAGCAGUAGUGAGGCCCGAGUUGCUCCGUUAGCAUUCCUGAACCAUCCGGCGGAGCUGCAACUACCAAUAAAGGCAAAUGCGACCAAUGAAAAGGAUUCUUGAGACACUUUGAAAUGGGAAAAAAAGCAGGAGAGGGAAUCUCUGUGCCUAGUACAAGUAGGCUUGGUGGUCACAUUUCCCGUUCAGGAUCACCAGGCUCUGAGUUUGAGUUGACACACACACAUUUGCCAGUCAUUUAAAAAGCCAUAUUUCUAUACCUCCCAGAAACUCCAGAAGACUGUACACUUAACCUACUAUGUUGGCUGUGCUCGCUUGCUUUCUUCCUUUCUUUCUUUGUUUUGGCUUCUCAGCAUCUAAUUUCAUAUCCUUCUUUCUAUGUUCUUUUAAAUAUAUCCAGUAUAUUAUAUAAGAAAACUAAAUGAGAAACUCCCUGAAGUAAAAAGAAACAAAGAAAGGUGAAAUGACUUCUUUUGCCCAAUAUCAUGCAGUUGUUGUUGUUAGGUACCAUCGAGUUAGCUGACUCUGUACAACAGGACUAAACCCCACUCAGUUCUGUGCCAUCCCUACAACAAACAGUUGUUAUCUUUGAGUCUGUCAUUGCGGUCACGGUGUCAGUUCAUCUGGUCAAGUAAUUUCCUCUUUUUCACUUUUUCUCCACUCUACCA